CUUGCUGUGUUGCCUGCCCGCCUGCCUUACGGCCCCAAUGAGGCGACCCUAGCUCUGGGUCCAACAAAUAGCAUCCACGGGGCAUGGGUAUGCAGUGUAUCAUUCAGUGUACGACGGAGUUCUCCGUAACAUGUACACUACAGUACGGCAGCGUGCCUGUGUCUGUGUCGCCAAUACAUCGUACACUUCCAUCGCCUCGUCGUUCAAGUAGAAUCAAGCUCGUGUGGUGGCCGGCAACUACAGCGUCCCGAAAAUUGCACACGCAAUCGUCCCAAGUUGGAUGACGACCGCCUCUCUGUCAUCGUCGCCUCUGGUGGCGUCUCUCGAGGCGGCUGACUGCCAUGGCUGUCCAAACAGCCACAGAGAGUUCGAUUCGGACCCUGUCUCUGCAAAAGGCCAACCUUUCCCAUCCCGACCGGAUAAGGAAGGACCCUGUUACCAUUUCCGAACCCACUAGAAAGACCAGCGAACGUUAUGUGGUCAUGGGUCAUGGGCAUCCGUGCGUCCCUUCUCCCUUGGACAUUCUGCCAUCACCCAUGCGGGCCUUGCUUGCCCCAUGGCAGGCUAUGCCGAAAAAAGCGCGAGCGCGGUGCGGCGGUAACGAGCCACAAGCGUACACUAGAGGCAGCGCUCAACGUGCCAGGCGUGCGGCGUGCCAGCAGCCCGCAGCCGGUGUGGAUCUUGAGACCGUCCUGAAAGCCAAGCUCCAUGCAGAGAAGCCGCAACGACACCGGCAGCGUCUCCGCGGCACCAGAAACGGCCGGGUGCCAGCGAGGUUACAUCAACCCGAGAGACCUGACGGUCGUUCAAGACAUGGUUUCAAGCCGCCUUGUGCCGGGGUGUCCGAGCUUUCGAACCACAGCACUCGCACAAGUUCCCUCCCGGGAUCUGGGUCGAUGCAUAGCAGGGGUUGA